CAUUUUGUUAAUUAUCGUGAACAUUUAUUCUACAUAUUUAAUCGAUCAAUUUUAUGAUGAUAAUCAGCCAUGUAAUGCUGAAAAAAUCAGAAAAACGUUGCAGUUUUUGAAUGAUAACGUUGAAGCUGAUGAGCAAUUUCAGUAUUUUUGUCAAUGUUGAUCGCUCUAUUCCUAUUGUUAAUUAAACGUCGCGAUAAAAUCAAGUUAGUAAAUAUGUUCGUAUCAGUUUCCGAAAUUGAACUUGAUGUUUUCUGACUUUCGUUUCGUACGGUUUCGUAGGUAUUUAUCAAGAUUCGUAUUAUUAAACGUCAUUAAUAAGCCGAUAAGAAUACGUUAUUUUCAUACCGUUGAUCGGUAGUUUGAAAAAUGUUCUGCUAAUUUUGAAAUCACUGAUCGAAAAAGUUAGGUACCUACUACCUACCUAUUUGUGUUAUGGCUGAAAUAACAAAAAUAUUGCUACCGUCGGAUGAACAAUUAUUAUUGGAAAGCUGCAGAAAAUUCAUCAGUAAUAGAUUUACAGAUUCAUUAUUGUUCAACGGAUGCGAUGCGUACGAUAACAAAAUCUUGUUGUUUUUGGUACGAAGACAAAAUACUAUUCGAACGUUCGUUUAUUUGAAAUUGAAUUCCGAGCAAAUAUAUUAUUCUGGAACGCACGAUAAUUCUUCCUCUAGUUUGGAAUGGCAUUCGAAAUGUAUCAAAGCAGAAUUUUGUCAGCCUAUGGGCUCAUGGAGAGUAUCUUACAAUGGAUUAUUGAGAAACGCAAUCUCAGGAGAAAAUAAUCAUGUUAAAAUGAAUUUCUUGUGGCAUCCUAUAAGCUCCACAGUGUACUAUGAUAAAUCUGGACUUCCACUUCUCGAACUUCAAAAAGUAGCUCAAACCCAGAUUAGCGAAGAGUUAGUAUGUAAUCUUCUACAAGGCUACGAGCAAUGGGGCACAUUUCAUGGAACCGUGGCGUUGAACGAACAAGUCACCGAGUUGAAUUUGAUUUCCCUGAAGAAAAGAAACUGGACCUUAUGCAAAAAAGAUGCUAUCAUGUUAACGACGUACUCCAAAAAUGGCAUGUUGAUCAAUAUAAAUUCUGUGAUCAAUUCAUGUAGUGGUCACGCGAGAACUCUGAGAAAACAUUUCUGUAUUUCGGAGUGUGAUUUCCAGUAUCCGGUUAAAAUUAUUCCUGAAAUGAGCUUUUCAAUAUCAGAUGGUAAAUCUUGGUAUCGAAUUGAAACCGAAGUUUCUCUCAACACAGCAGUUAUUUCUGAGAAUUUGCAUCUUUAUAACGUCACAAGUAACAUCGAAGGUGUAAAUGGCAGUGGACUAUUGUUAUUCUUUAAACGAUUUAAAAAAUAUGAUAUGGAUAAAGAUUUACCCGUUCGAGUUUUUCCUGCUUUACGAUUUUCAAAUGAUUUAAUGAUAAACUUGGAAUCGGUGGAAUGUCAGAAUUCAACUCUUACCGGAGAAAAAGCAGCAUCAUUAGCUAAAAUAAUUUAUUCGAUGAAUUUUUUCCCUCGAGUGGAUUUGACUGAUUGUAUCAGUAUCCCUAAGGGCAUUUGUGUCACAGUCAACGCUAUGGAUUUAUGUAUGCGUCAAAACGAAGAUCUCAAAUGUUCGUUGAAUGUAUUAAAAUAUGGAUUACACGAGUUACCCAACUCGCAGCUGGAGCCAUUGUGUCAUAAGAUUCAAAAACUAUGGACAUUAGCCAGAAUGGAUGUUCAAAUAAUAAACACCAUCGAGCAAUUCAUUUCAUCCCAGAAAUUAUACGCUGUUCGAUCUUCGGGUAUCCUGGAAGACUCAGUGGACGUAAGUGCAGCUGGUCAAAGCGACACAUUCUUAGCUGUUGAGGGUAUCGCCAAUAUUGUAAACGCAAUAAAAAAGUGCUGGGCUUCGGUAUACUCCUUUCAGUCGGUCCAUUAUCGUCGAGAUCAUGGUCUACCAUUAUUCGUAAAAUUGGGCGUUAUCAUUCAAGAAAUGAUUGCUACCGAAAUUCACGGAAUUGUGUUCACUUGUCAUCCCAUUUCCAAUGAUCCGAGACAAAUUUCCAUCACAUAUGCGUUUGGAGAACGUGCCACAGUAGAUGGUGUACCUACAUCGACUGUUUUAGUCGAUAAAAGUAAUUUUGAAGAAGUAGUUUAUAGUUCGAUGGGUGUAGAGGGCAGAGAAAUUCCAGAUUUACCUUCUCCAACGAUUGAUGCGAUAUGUAAAAUAAGUCUCCAAUUGGAAGAUCUGUUUUCCUAUCCUGUCGACAUAGAAUGGGGCAUAAAUAAUGGACAAAUUUAUUUAUUACAAUGCAGACCAAUUACAACAAUGUUCACAUGGACUGAUUUUGAAAUAAGCCACGAGCUCGACUCAGGGUUCACCGAUUUUGACGCUAUUACUUUUCAUAAUUGCGGGGAAAUUACACCUGAUGUAACGAGUCCUUUGAGCGUUUCAUUCAAUAAUAGAAUUAUGGAAGAAGCCUUCCAGCUUGUGGAAAAACAUCCCAGCACCGAGUACCAUAGAAAAUUACUUUCUGUGACUCAUUAUCGCAUCGCCAUGAAUAUUUGCAACGGUUUACUGCUGCAGGUCAACAGAGAAAUACCAUUUUUUCAAAAAAUAAUCGACGUUAUUGUUUGUGGACAAGUUAUUACCACCGAUUCAUUAUACGCUUUGGCUCAGAAACGUAAUGGAAUUGCUGGUUCGUUUUCUAGCAUUUUGAAAUUGAUAACAUCAAUUAAAUUAAUCUGGGGCAAAAAUAAAUCCACCGAAGAAGCUGUCAAAAUUGCUAAUCAAUUUACCAUUGAUUCUGACGAAUUCAACUCUGCUGAGUUGCUUUUAGAGCAUAUCAUUGAACAGGCACCAGUUUUACAAAAAGUCGCUGAAUACCAUUUGAAUGUUUCAAGUGCUUCGAAUAUAUUGAAAGCUGCAGUUUUGAGUUUAAUGUGCAAAGAUGACGAAGAAAAUCUACAAAGUCAUGUGACCAAUUUAUCGUGGUAUUUAUCCAAUUGUGACCAACUGGUUUCUGCCGGAGUCCCUAAAUCUUUAAUGGAAAUAUCUCGAUUAUUACGAGACCACGAAAACAAAUCGGACUAUCUAUCAGUUGAUACUCGUUACAAAUGCGACUGGAUGCAGAAAAAUUGCCCGGAGGCGUGGAUAAGAACCAAGAAUUUCUUCGAAAAACACGGUGCUCGAUGUGUAAAAGAGGCUGAUCUGAUGACGGAAACUUGGUCUAUGAAUUCUGAUUCAAUCUUCGAAUGCAUUGAUUUGCUCAUCAAAUCCGAUAAGUUCGAAAUGCCUAUUAAUUUGAUAGAGUACACUCGUCAAGAAAAUAUUGCAUCGAGUCAAAAUUACGGUCGAAUUAUCAAAUGGUUGAUGGAAUCUUGUAAAAAUGCAGUAAUAAGUAGAGAAAAAACCAAACAAUGUUUCAUCUUGAUCCUACAUCAGUUUCGAUUAGCUUUUUGUAGACUAGGUACUCUUCUGGCCGAAGAUGCGAUCAUAUCAAAUGCUAACAGCGUAUUUUAUUAUACUUUUUACGAACUUCAUCAAUUGGUUAAUGGUAAAAAUAGACAAGCUAUCAUGCACAAGGGACAAAGACGGUAUCGUGUGUGGAGUCAACUGAAAAGAUUAAAAUUUGAAGAUGUCAUAUUUGGAAUUCCUAAACCAAUAAAAAUUGAACCAGAACCAAUUCUUGAAGAAAUUUUUAGUCUACAAGGGACUUCGGUAUCGUUUCAUAGUUCGAUAGGACGUGCUCGAGUCGUUUGUAACAUCAAAGAAGCCAAAGAUAUAGAAAAUGGAGAGAUUCUAGUAAUGCAUUGUGUGGACAUAGGUUGGUCUCCCUAUUUUCCAAUUUUGUCCGGAUUAAUAACUGAAUUGGGAGGACUAAUGUCUCAUGGGGCUAUCAUCGCUCGCGAAUGUGGCCUACCUUGUGUUAUUGGAGUAAAAGAUGCCACCGCACAUAUCAAAACAGGCGAUACUGUAGAAAUUAAUGGUCCAAACGGUAUAAUAACUAGACUAAAAUCUAGUUCUGAUUAAUCGUACUUGAAAUAAAUAAAUUUGUAUAAAAUGUAUGUUAUUUAUUAUAUUCAUGAUUUUUAUUGAA